AUGGCUAUUGCACAGGCUCCGUUCUUCAGUGAGGUUCCGGAGCAAGCGUUGCGUGGCAUUCUCCCGUCGGAAGAUGUGGACUCAUUUUGGCGAGCGCUGUCCGAGGCCUUUCCCAACCUCAACAGGAGGAGGAGGAAGGCGCUACAUCGUUCCACCAAAUGGGUUGUUCACUUGUUUGCAGGCCCUCAACCCCAUAAAGAGCUUCUCAAGCUGCAGUCGGAUGGAACGGUGGUGGUGGAGUUGGACAUCGCACGUUCCAGCAUCCACAAUCUGUACUCAGAGCCACUUUGGAGGUUGUUGGCGACAGCGGCGAGGGAUGGGCGCAUUGCAGCUGUGAUUGGCGGCCCUCCUUGUCGUACCAUGUCAGUUCUUCGGCACAAGCCUGGAGGUCCAAGGCCAGUGCGGUCCCCUGCUGAGCCGUAUGGUCUGAGCGAUCUUAGUGCUGCCGAGCGUGAGCUCGUAGACAAUGACACGGGCCUGUUUGCACGGAUGUUGUUCUUGCACGCAGCUGCGACAGCCGGGAGGCGUGUCCAUCGUCAAUCGGCGGAACAAUCGUCGCAGGUGGCAUUCUUGCUUGAGCAGCCUCAGCCAGUUGACCGCUAUCUGCCUUCGGGUCACACCUUGGUUGGUGAAGUUCCCUCGUUUUGGCACACGACUCUAUGGCAGGCCUACGCCUCAGAGGCCGGCCUGUUCGAGGUCGACUUUGACCAAGGUGCGUUGGGCCAUGUGACCACGAAGCCAACCACCAUAGGCACGAACCUUCCUGACCUGAGGGGCUUGCACGGCCUCCGGGAGGAGAGUCCUAAGCCAGCGUGGACAGGCGACUCAAAGGACUUAGCCGCGUGGGCGCCGCACUUUGUUAGAGCCAUAGUGCAAGCGCUACAGUGUUGGCCCCGCUACCAGCUAUGCCGCAUGAGUCCCGAGGCGCCGGCACCGGUCGUAGGCAUCAAGGAGUCGCACACCCUGAUGUAUAUUGCCUGUCUGCCGACGUGGCUGGACCUAUCAGGGUCCCCGCAAAAGACCCCGAAGGUUGAUGGGUUCGACGACCCUUCACUCCACCCUGGCGGGGAGGACGAGUUAGCUGAUGUUGUUGUGGAAGGCCCGCCGGAGCCAGAGCACCACCCUGACGGGGAGGACGUACUGCCUGAGGAUUGUUUAGGAUAUUGUCCUACAAGUGACGAGUCCGAUGCUCCACGCGUUGCAGCUGCGAAGGCCAAGGCCAAGGAUAAAGCCCACAAACCCAAGGAAGAGCACCCUUGGGAGCACGCUAAGUGUGACUUUGAAGCUCCGCCCGGUUUAGCUAGGUUGGUGUUUGUUGUUCCGUUACACACGAACAAGAGUGAAGCGGUGCUAGAAGCACUGCAACAAGUGUUCCUGGAACUGCGCUCGUUGAACCUUCCUGUGUUGCGUUUCCACUCGGAUAGAAGUCGGGAGUUCUUUAACAAAAGGACCCGUGCUUGGUUCCAUGAGCAUGGCGUGCGCACCACAACUGGGGAAGGAGACACGCCGCAGCAGAACGGAGCAGCCGAAAACACUAUCCGUUGGCUAAAGGCUAGAGCACGCACGCUUCUGGCACAGGCCGAGGUUGGAACGGAGCACUGGGCUUGUGCAAUGGCCACGGCAGCAUCGCAGCAACGAGCGCAACAGCUAGGCUUCAAGUCUAAGCUUGCCGCGCCGUUUGGGGCGCCGUGUUCCGUGAAGCUCAAGUUUUACGGACCUUCUAGGGGUGACUUAGGGGAUAGGUGGGUAGAGGGCAAGUACAUGGGUUUGUCGCCUUCUGUCAAUGAUGGCCACGUCGUCCUACGCAAUGAUGGAGUGGGGAACGGCUUUCUCCAAACACUCCACGUGCGCUCACGCCUCCACUCGCCAGAAAUGCCCGACCGUGUGUAUGAGGGCGAUGUGAGGGAGCCCGCGCCGCUUGAGCCAGCAAGGCGUGUGCGUGGGAAGUCUGCGCCAGCAGCUGGCGAGCCACCCUUGCCGCCGCCGCCCGUUCCGCCGCCGGAAGGUGAGCGUGCGCCGGAACCUGCCUUACCUCCACGUCGCGUCCGACUCCGUGAGAAGUCAAGCCUCGCAGUUCGUGAGUCCCGGUUGUCACCACUACCUGAGUUGCUGCUUGAAGACUGGGACCUCGAAGAGGCCAUGUGGGUCUUGGUCCAGUUCAGCCGUCUGCAGUCCCUUAAGGCCGGCCUUUACCGACAUGGUGGUGUAGUAGGCACCACAAGCGUUACAAACUCCCACCCUUGGCUCACAGAGCUCAUGGCCGCGACGCUUCUGUCUGCAAGCCCAGAGGCCGAGUUCACAAGUCUUUGGCUCUCUAACACUAACCCCAUGUCCCUGCAUGCAGACCAUAACAACGUAGAAGGGUCUGUUAACGUAGUCCUUCCGCUCAAGCUCCCUCCUGAAGGAGGAGACUUGUGGGUAGAACUGCGAGCAGGAGAUGUGCUCCACGGACCUGUUGAGCAAAGAGUUGACGGUGCAGGAAAGAAGUGGUUGGGCACAACGCACAGCCUGCAGAGAGGCAAGCCCUUCUACCUUGACCCCAAACGCCGUCAUGCAACCACUCCUUUUGAAGGUGAAAGGGUUGUGCUCGUAGCAUACACUGUAAACACCUUAGGGAAAGUCCCAGAGUCUGAGCUUCAAGCCCUGGAGUCCUUAGGCUUUCCGCUCCCUGCCUCAGCGCGCUUACCACUCACGACGCAGCAAGAUGUAAGGCGCCUAGACGUGUUUGACAUGUUCGAGGAGGGCCCCUUAGAGCUCGCAAGUGAAGACAGCUCAAGGGAAGCACAGAAAGUAGACAAGGGCGGGGGUUGGAAGGAGACUCAAAAGGUUGAGGCUGGAACUGUAGAGCUAGAGGUGUCAUGGAACCUCAAGCACACCCCAGACUCUCACACAGCGCAGCGCGAGCAAGCGUUCUGCGCUUUGCAGACCCUGGAGCCACAACCCCCCACACAGGUCGAGGAGGAGCCUUGGCCAGAGCAGCCCGUGCAGUGGGAACUCUCCUUUCCAAACCCACAGACGGGUGAGUGGCUGUGUGCACUCCGGUCUGACGACCUGGACCCGCGUCUUUGCAAGUCCGAGCCAGUGUACACCCCGGACAUUGAGCAGUUGCUAAGCGGUCUAACUGAGCCACUGCAGAUAGUUCACACUGUUGACCCGCGAGAGGCGGAAAAGCACAGUGAGGUGUGGCUCCCGUCAGUCCACAAAGAGAUCGGGGUCAUAGAAAAGGCUGUGCGCCGUUUGCCGCCUGGUGAGGUGCGAAAAGGGAACUGGCUUCACCGCACUGACGUGAGGGUCGUACCGGCAAAGAUGGUUUUCACAGUCAAACCGCCUGAUGUGCAAGCUAUCGCGCCCGGGAACGGGGAGCAUGCAGCUCAGCCAAGCUUGUUUAAACGCAAGGCGAGGCUUGUUGCGUGUGGAAACCAUGCCCCUUCCACUGGCACCGAGAUAUACGCGUCAGGCGCUGCAGCAGAGUCACUUCGUUGUUUGGUGGUCAUUAGCUCUAAGAGGCGUUGGAUGCUGGGGAUUUUAGAUGUCACCUCAGCAUUCCUCCUGACGCCCAUCCCUCAGGGCGAAGGGUUUCCUGUGUUUGCUCUAACACCGCCACGCUACCUUGUGCGACAAGGUCUUGCGCAGGAGGGAGAGCUCUGGAUCCUCACGCACGCCGUCUAUGGCCUCAGGGAGUCACCAAAGCUGUGGUCAGACUUUAGGGAUUCCCAGCUUUUGGCCCUUAGAUGCGUGGUCAACGGAGUUGAGUUGCAGCUACUCAAGGGCAAGUUAGACACGAACUGGUGGCGCAUCGUGCAAGCCAGUGAUGGACAAGUCGUGGGAGGUUUAAUCACCUACGUUGAUGACUUCCUACUUGCUGGCUGUGUUGAAGUCAUCGAGGCCCUCGCCAAGGCCUACGCAGAGGAGCUGCUACGCCUCAACAACGUCAAGCCCACUGCGCUGGGUAAGAUCCCUUGCCCAAGGGACUUAGUGUCCUUCGACACUCUCCUGACGGAUGAGUCCCCCGCCGAGGAGUCAGUUCGCACAGCCCAGAGGCUGACGGGAGAAAUCUUGUGGCUGAGCCAGCGCACGAGACCGGAUCUCGCGUUCACCGCUUGUGUUCUUGCUACGUUGAGCACAAAGGCGCCUGAAAGGGCUGCACGCAUCGCUGAAAGAGCACUCGCCUAUGUGCAGCAAACCAAAGCCUUUGCUCUCACUGCUGACGCAGAUGACACAGGCCUAGUAGCAUACAGUGAUGCCUCUUUUGCGCCAGACGGUAACCGCUCGCACACCGGCUGGGUAGUCUUCUUGCACGGAUCGCCUGUCUGCUGGCGUUCGGCCAGGCAGGCGUUUGUCACACUCAGCACUGCAGAGUCCGAGCUUGUCGCAGGACUUGAUGCUGUCGUUGCGCUGCAAUCUGCAGAGGCCAUGCUGGGUGAGUUUGGGGUCGUUAACUUAGGUAAGACCUUGAGGGUUGACUCACAGUCUGCGCUUGCCAUCGCCAUUGGUCAAGGUUCUUGGCGAACCCGCCACCUGAGGGUGCGCGCCAAUUAUCUCAGGGAGCAGUAUGAGACUGGCGAGAUCAUUCCCGUUUACUGCCCAGGUGUAGAGCAAGCCGCUGACCUUCUCACCAAGGCACUCCCAUCUGCAAGGAUCAGUGAGCUCUUAGCGAUAUGGGGCUUGCUUGAGUACAGCGCACAGUCCACUCCACAGGUGAGGUACCAAGCCCUCAUCUCGUGGCCGCCACAGCGCAGUGCUGGCGUCGAACGGGAAGAUGUGGAUCCAUGGAGGGGAGGCGUGCUGAGCGACCUUUGGUACCUGCAGACUGAGGACACAUCGCCAACUUGGACGGAAGUCUCUGCCUCCAACGCGUUGAACCGCAAGGCUUGGGAAGCAGCCAUCCGGGAGUGA